AUGGGCAGGGGCGUGCGGAGCAGCGCGCGGCUGAGCGGCGGCGCCGGAGAGGCGCGGCCCGCGGCGGCCCUGGCGGCCCUGGCGGCGGAGCAGCGCAGCGCGGAGGCGGCGGAGGCGCGCGCCAAGGCGCAGGAGCGCCGCGCCAGGGCCAAGGAGCGCGCGCGCGAGGUCGAGGACAGCCCGCGCGUGCUGCGCGACAAGUGCCGCCGCCUGGCGCGGGCCCUGCGCGACGCCAAGCACCUGGUGGUGUACACGGGCGCCGGCAUCAGCACCGCGGCAGACAUCCCGGACUACCGCGGGCCGCACGGCGUGUGGACGCGGCUGCAGCGCGGCGAGGCCGUCGGGCGCGUCGAGGUGGCGCGGGCGCAGCCGACCUUCACGCACAUGGCGCUCACGGCGCUCUGGGCGAGCGGCGCGCUCAAGUUCGUGGUGUCGCAGAACUGCGACGGGCUGCACCUGCGCGCCGGCCUGCCGCGGCGCGCGCUCGCCGAGCUGCACGGCGACAUGUUCGCCGAGCACUGCGCGGCCUGCCGGCGCGUCUACCUGCGCGCCUUCGACACCACCGAGCGCACGGCGCGCCACGCGCACAACACGCGCCGCCUCUGCCACGCGUGCGGCCGCGAGCUGCGCGACUCCAUCGUGCACUUCGGCGAGCGCGGCCGCGCCGCCUGGCCGCUCAACUGGGCGGGCGCGCUGCGCCACGCGGCCGCCGCCGACGUGGUGCUCUGCCUCGGCUCCAGCCUCAAGGUGCUGCGCCGCUACCCACGCCUGUGGCGCAUGCAGCGCGCGCCGCACGCGCGCCCCGCGCUCUACAUCGUCAACCUGCAGUGGACGCCCAAGGACGCCGUGGCGGCGCUCAAGAUCAACGCGCGCUGCGACACCGUCAUGGCGGCCGUGGCGCGCCGCCUGCGCCUCCGCGUGCCGCGCUACUGCGCGCGCCGCGACCCGCUGCUGGCGCACGCCGUGCCGCUGGCGCCCGCCGAGCGCCACACGGCGCGCCGCGCGCCGCUCGCGCCGCCGCCACUCAACCCCGACUCCGACUCGGACGCCUGCUACUCGCUCGGCUCGCCCUCGCCCUCCUCCGCCUCCGCCUCCGCCUCCGCCUCCGCCUCCGCCUCGGACGCCUCCGACUCGGACGACUGCCUGCCGCUGCGCCGCCUGGCCGACCGCCUGCGCGCCCAGAGAGCCCCUUCCCCGCCCGCGCCCUCCACCAGCGCGCCCCGCUCGCCCCGCUCGCCCGGCGAGUCGCCCACGGACGAGUUCCAUUCCUUUCAGGUGAGCCUGCGAUCGUGCGAGGCGACGAUCCUGCUGCGGGCCGAGCACGCGCCCUCCGUGCUGCCGCCCCCCGAGCCGCCGCCCCUCCCGCCGCCGCCCCCGGCGCCGCGCGGACUCACCGGCGACCUGCGCCGCUUCCGCAUGCAUCGACCCCCGGCUCUCUGGCCCUCCCCGUACUCGCCCGCCUGUCCCAGGAACGGCAUCGACGCGCUCACCAACGGCCACGGCCCCGACAGGAACUUCAACAUCACGAGCGGGCCGCUCGAGCCCGAGGCGGAGGACGGCGGCGCCCGGUCCUGCGGCUCCAAGCUGCGGCGGCUCCUGGAGAUCGAGCCCUGCAAGAAGGAGGAGCCCGAGGACGAGGCGGGCCCGGGCUCCGACGCGGAAGCGAAGUGCGCGCCGAGGGCGGCGGCGGGGCGCAAGUGCAAGGUGCAACUGCCGGUGCGCGCGGGCGCGGAGGCGCGCGAGGCGGACGAGGCGGCGGCCGCCUUCAUCCGGCGCGCCGUGCUGCUCUGCCGCGCCUCGCUCUACCCCGGGCUGCACACCAUCCUGGCGGGCGAGCGCGGCUGCGCCUGGUGCGAGCGCCGCCUCGGCGCGCGCCGCUGCCUCUGGUACGGCGCCCCGCCCGACGCCGGCGCGCCGCGCGCCGCCCGCAAGGUGCGCGGCCGCCGCUACCUGUGCGCCUGCUGCCCCGCGCCGCACGCGCCCCCCUCGCCCCUCGCGCCCCUCGCGCCCCACGCGCCCCACGCGCCCCCCUCGCCGCUGCCCGACGACGCGGGCUGGUACGGCAAGGGCUACCGCAAGGGGCGCCGCCGCCGCAGG